AUGUUUGAAUAGAGGAAGAGUAAUGUCGAUAUUUUGUUUAAAAAAUCGCUUAGAUCAGGAAACAAAUCAGCUAAACUGACAAAAAAGAAUUCUUAAUUUCAUGAUAGUGACACUAUCCAAAGAUAGUUGUCUCAGAUUGUAUUCGAAAUGUAAAAUAAGAAUAAUUCCUUUGAACUUGCCAUAUAAUUACUCACUGAAGAAUCUAGUGUAUUGAGAUAGCAUUUAUCUUUCUAAGUAUUCAUUCCUGAAAUCAGAACACAAUUUGGUGAGAAACUCUUAAAAGAUAAGAAUUUAUGGAUAAUAAUUUUAGUUGUGUUUCACUCCUUAUGCAAAGAAAAAUCCAAAUACUCAGAUUUUUUAUAAAAAAACAUUCUCAAUUCAAUGUAAAAAAACUAUCAGGAUGAGAACAUAAUGAAAUCUAUUCAAAAAUAGGCAAAUUAAAUUAUUUCAACAUCUGAAGUAGGGGAAUAACAACUACAAAAUUAAUCUGCAUCUAAGUGUUCUAAAAAGCAACUUAGAGUUUAGUUUUAAGAAAAUAAAGAAAACUAAUAAAGUGCUAGUAACCACAAAUAAUACUAAGUUUCGAAUCAAAUUGAAUAUAGUAAAGAACAAGAAAACACAUUAUCCAAUGAAUAAUUAAAAAAGAAAAUUGAUGAUUUGACAUAGUCAUGUUUAAAAAUGAAUAAAGAGUCUUUAGAAAACUAAGAAAUAGUUGUUCCUUAAGUUGAAGAAAUAAUCAACGAAUAAGUAAAAGAAUUAGAGGAAGAACUUAAAAAUAAACAUGACUAAUCUAAUAAAACGCAAAGGUAGUCAAUAACUGAAAAACUCUUCUCAUAAUUAGGUUUUAAAGCCUGGAGAAGUGAAUAAAAAUAAAUAAUACCAAAUCCAAUUUAAACAAAAAUGAGAGGUAUUAGAUUAUUAGAUGGCUUGGAUUCAAGAGAGCUUCAAACCAGUUAUGUGGCUAGAGUUGAGAAGAUUUUGGUCCCAAACCUCAACGAUAAUGGAUUGCAUUCAAUUGUCUAAGUAAGAUUUUUAUUUAUUAAGUUAUCUGCAAAAAAUUCAUAAGAAUUAUUAGAAUGGGGAUUUUAUGCUAUCAUUUAAUUAAGCAAUUAAGAUUGCGCGAGUAAACAAUAUUUUGAAGAUAUGCAAUAUUAUAAAUAAUUGGUUGGCUUUAAAUUUAGAUAGGAGAAACAGAUAUAUAUUCCAUUUGGUAAAUAUGAAUUAAUAAUCUGA